AUGCCCCAGUCCACAGAAACAAAUCAGAACCUUCCACCCCUCCACACCUACACCAUCGCCUACAUCACCGCCCUCCCCAAAGAACAAACCGCCGUCCUCGCCACCCUCGACACCAUCCACCACCAGCACAUCCCUACUCCCGCAAGCGACAAAAACACCUACACCCUCGGCUCCAUAUCACCGCACAACAUCGUCUUAAUCUGCCUCCCCACCAUGGGAACAACCGCCGCCGCAAGCGCAGUGACAUCUCUUCUUCACAUGUUCCCGUCCAUCAGGUUCGUUCUGCUCGUUGGCGUGGCGGGCGGUAUUCCGAGCAAUGGAGUACGAUUGGGUGAUGUGGUUGUUAGUGUGCCGGUUAGUGGUGGGUAUGGGGGUGUGGUGGGGUGGGAUAUGGGGAAAUUAGUAGCUGGGGGUAAAAUAGCAAUGCAGCAUGCUGGAGGGAGCUUGAAUCGACCGGCGAGUAAGUUGCUUGGGGCGGUGAAUCGGUUGAGGAGCGAGUAUGAGUUGUUUGGGGCGGGGGUUUGUAGGGUUUUAGGGAAUUUGGAGGGGAGGGGUGGGUUGGGAAGGGAGUUUACGAGGUGCGAGGGGUUGAGGGAUCCGGCUGUUCUUCGGGAUGGGGAUGAAUGGACAUGGUGGUGGUGGUGGUGGGGUGUUAUAGGGAGGAUGGUCUGGGGGGCUGUUGUUGCUGUUUUGGUGGGUAUUUUUGGGUUUGGGUUGGAGGACGUGAGGUUCAAAGUUGGGAAGGGGAGGAAUAAGGGGGGAGGAACGGGUCCUGAAGAUGAAGAGAAGAAGGGAGCUAAGAAGCAGGUGAAUGUGCACUACGGUCUCGUUGCAUCCGGGAACUGGGCUGUGAGGGAUGCCAAGGCACGAGAUGCUCUCAAUAAGAGGUUUGAUGGGCAACUGCUCUGUAUAGAGACGGGUGGAGCUGCCGGAGUGAUGAAUGAGAUACCGAGCAUUGUCAUCCGUGGGAUUUCAGAUUAUGCGGAUGCGAGUGCGAAUGAGGAUUGGCAGGCAUACGCUGCUACUGUGGCUGCGGUUUAUGCGAAAGAACUGCUGGGGUUCUUGCACCCGUGUGUUGACCAUAUGGACAUGCAUUAUCCUCCUAAGGCUGGGACUGAAGGUGGAAGAGAAAAUAUAGGACAAACAGGAUCCGCUUUCUCCAGACACCACAAACGCCUGGUAUCUAAUCCAGGUACACCUCCUGAGUACAGUCUACAGUGA